GGGGUUUGUGUCGAGCUUGUAAAAUCCUGCUGGCUUUUGGCAGUCCCCCUCCCCCUGAAAUAAGAUUGAAGUGGAUCUAGGGACGAAUGGAUGACUAAAUAUUCAUAUGAAGAGGAAAGCCAUAAAAGACAUCAGCGCCUUUGAGAACAGAAUGUUAAUGCUUGAUGGGAUGCCGGCAGUCAGAGUCAAAACAGAGCUGCUGGAAUCUGAGCAAGGGUCUCCAAACGUCCACAAUUACCCAGAUAUGGAAGCUGUACCCUUGUUACUAAACAACAUGAAGGCAGACCCCGUGGAGGAUUCAUUAUCUACAGACCAUUUCCAAACACAGACUGAACCAGUGGACUUGUCAAUAAACAAAGCCAGGUCAUCCCCUACAGCAGCUUCAUCUUCACCGGUUUCCAUGACAGCAUCAGCCUCCUCCCCUUCUUCUACUUCUACUUCUUCUUCUUCUAGUCGGCCAGCGUCAUCACCCACAGUAAUAACAUCAGUAUCCUCAGCGGCAUCUGUACCGUCAGUAUUAACUCCAGGUCCUCUUGUGGCCUCUGCGUCUGGUGUUGGAGGCCAGCAGUUUUUGCACAUUAUCCAUCCAGUACCACCUUCAAGCCCCAUGAACUUGCAGUCUAACAAAAUGAGUCACGUGCACCGUAUCCCCGUGGUGGUACAGUCGGUACCUGUUGUCUAUACAGCUGUGAGAUCACCUGGGAAUAUGAACAACACUAUAGUAGUACCACUGUUGGAGGAUGGGAGAAGCCACGUCAAAGCACAAAUGGACCCCCGAGGCCUAUCUCCCAGACAAAUUAAAAGUGACAGUGAUGAUGACGACCUGCCAAAUGUGACCUUAGAUAGCGUUAAUGAAACUGGAUCUACAGCGCUCUCCAUAGCCAGAGCAGUACAAGAUUCCAUUUCACCGUUCAGUAUUGAGAGCACAAGGCGUCAGAGAAGGUCCGAGUCUCCAGACUCCAGGAAGCGGCGCAUCCAUCGGUGUGACUUUGAGGGAUGCAACAAAGUAUACACAAAAAGUUCCCACCUGAAGGCUCACCGGAGGACGCACACAGGAGAAAAACCCUACAAAUGUACCUGGGAAGGCUGCACCUGGAAGUUUGCUCGCUCCGACGAACUGACGAGGCAUUACCGCAAGCACACGGGAGUGAAGCCAUUCAAGUGUGCAGACUGUGACCGCAGCUUUUCCCGCUCAGAUCACUUGGCGCUCCACCGCCGCAGGCACAUGCUGGUUUGAGAAACGCUACCUGUUCCAGCCGAGUUUAAGAGCUGGGUCUCUUAACUACCCGGAGUGAAUUCAGCAGGGCUGAAUCCCCCUCUACAGUGUUAACAGGCAGGGCUUUCCCUGAUGUCCGUAACAAAAAAUAAUAACAGAAAUUAAAAAAAAAAAAAAGCAGGAAAAGAAGUGCCACUCUUCUCCUUGCCAUCUGAAGUUAACCCCAUCUGCCCCUCAGCAUGGCUACCCCCUGAAAGUGUCAUCACAAUCACCAGGGAAAUAGCAGCCAAAAUGCUACAGGAAUGGGCAUUAUUUUACAUGCUGCGUCCUUUGACAAAAAGAUGUUUAUAGCUUGUAUGUUUUCUCAGCUGUCGGACAUUUUGUUCCUGAAAAAUCACUGCUGAUUGGAGGAUUAGAUAUGACAAACCAAUGAUGAUGAUGAUGAGAGCAAGACCGCUAGACCUUUGUUAUUCCAUCUUUUCCCCUUGUUUUGAAUACCAUCUGGCCGGUGUCAGCAUUAUGCCCGAGCUGUGCUACAGACAAGCUGCGUGUGAGUAGGCAAGAAGAUUCUGCUGGAGAGGUCCCGCUGUUGGAGCUGAAGGGUCGCUUGAGCAGACUUUUGCAAUAACGAUGGUGGCAUUUUAAUAUUGUACCACAAUUUGUCAUUAUGCCCUAGAGGACACCAGCCAUUUAACCUUUUUCUUUUUUUUUCCUUUCUUUUCUUUUGUUGUUGUUGUUGUUGAAGUCUGUAAAAUAAACAAGGGGCAGCAACAUCUCUACUGAAAGUACAAUAUUAAGUAUCUGUAUUUUACCAUGGACUUAUUUAGAACCAUUUUCUGGUUUGUAUAGAAAGAGCCCAUCUAAAAACUACUACCCCAUUCUCAAAGUGCAGUUUUCUUUCAUGCAGGCAUCCUCUUCCCCACGAGCAGUGUUUGAACAGAAGGAAAUAGUCAGAUCUUAUACUCGCUGGUACCAAGGUUAGUGGUGUAGCCAUUCAUGAAAUGGAAUUGAAUGUACCAACAAACAAAACAGAGAAGAAACAGGUGCAUCUCUCGCAGAGAAAAAGCAAUAAUGAGUAAAAUGGCUCUCGAGACAAUAAUUUACUCCACACCAACAGAAGGGAGGGUAUGCAGAAAUAGCACGUAAGAUCAUUUAAGUUAAUCUUUCUGAUGGUUUCACUGACCUGCUAGGUACCACAAUUAAGUACUUCCAUUUCCUUCAACAUAAUACUUGUGUCUGGAAAGCAAGAUAGAUAAAGGAAAGAGCUGAUUGUUGAGGAGUCAGUGGAUGAACUGUAAGUAGGAAGACGAAAUGGUUCUGCAGUGGUGCUCUGCAAGACAUUAGGUUUCUCCCUGGGCGUUAGGGAAUAACAAGAUUUUGCCAGCUGUCUAGUAUGAUAUAAAUGGCCCUUUAUAUGGGUACCAGUGGCUGCCCCUGCUGGGAUUUUCAAUCCAAGCCUUUUCAGAUUAAAUCAAAGGAAAUUCUUGAUCAUUCCCAUACAGCCCUGUAAUUGUGAACCAAUUUGUAUUAAUUGAAUUAUGUAGGAAAGAGAGAAACUCUUAGUCAUCAGUUGUUCAUGCAAACAGAAUCGUGUUUUUCUGUUUUCUUUCCUCACAAGGAUCUGCCUAUUCAUCUAAAUUUGACAAAGAGGAGGCUUGGCAAGAUGUUUUAAGUGUUGAGAUUUUUAUAGCUUAGAGAUAAAAGAUGUAUACAUAAAAGUCUUUUGCAAUGCAUUUAAUUAUGAAUAUUUGGUUCCAGGAAUUGCACAGAUUAAACUUGUGAUGCCACUUGUUCAUUUUUAAAUGUUUGACCAGUCUGAAUUAAUUUCUGAUUCCUGAAGUAACCGUAGUAAUGUUGGGGGGAUUCUGAAAUCGAGGUAAUCUUAAAGAAAAAACAGCACAGAGUACCCAUACAAAUACUGAAAGCAAUUACAGUUAAUUGAGGAUUAAUAUGACUGGGAUAAUACUUCAUAACAGCAUUCACAGGCCCCAGAGUUUGAUUAUCUUUAAAUACAUUCUUAAUAUUCCCCAGUCCAGAUAGUUUAUCAGCUCUCCGAAAGAAGAAAUUCAAUACUGUUAAAGCUCAGGCUCUCCUCUGCCGACUGGUCAGCAGAGAAACCCAAGACAAAUUAUUCGCAGCCAUUGUGGGAAAAAUGCCUCUAUCAAUUCCCAUUGACUGUGUUGGUAAUCAACUUCCACAAAAUUCAGCAACGUUUUAGUAUCCGGCUCCAAAUCGGGAACGAAGCAGGGGCACUAAGUGUCAGCGCAAAGCACGAAAAGGCUGCGAUGGAUCAGGGCUUCUGGAUAGGCCAUGAGGCAUUGCGGGGCAGCAGAACUGGGUCUUUACCAGCAGCUUUACUGCUGUUGGUUUAAAAAACUGGUUGUCAGUGUUGUGUGUGAGAUGGUUCAUGGAUUACGUCUGAGGUCUGUCUUUUAUGUACUUCAAUAUUGUCCCCUUAAAUGGAUCUGUCAUUCUCAGCGUUUAGGGAGAGAAGUCAGGUCAGGUGGAAGUCAAUUGAUAAAGUUAUUUUCCUGCCCAAGAACAUUUUACUGACUAAUUACUUGAAUAGCAGUAAUUCAGUUGAAGAACCAAUGGCAUACAGAAUUCCUUUCAGAAUCUGUGAUCUUUUUUCUCCCAUAGAAAAUGAAGUUUGUUUGACCAGAAGCUCUUAAGGCCAUUCUGUUAGCGUACAAGAAGAGCAGUGAGAGAGAACAUCUCUGAUGUUAUUCACAAAGCCAGAGUAUGGCUGGGAGAGACCAGUGUCCUCUUUGGGCUUCCUCCGUAGUCAAUGAAGAGAGAACUUGAGAGGCCUUAAAUUUCAGCAUUCAGCUCUGAACUGCCCCGAGGAGGAGCAUAUGUAUCACAGACCCUGGGGAGGCUCCUCUCCCAAGGCCGAGGUUGGUCUGUGUGAAUCCCUUGUCUUUCAGCUGGUUGCCCAUUACUUUAUGCAUAGGAAACACUGCAGCAGAAAGAGGGUCUGAUUUUAUUCGAGGAACCCCAAAGCGAUACAGGGAUAAAGCAGCACUCAUGCCAAGGGACACAGGCACAGAGCGUGUCAAUGGUAACAGAAUGAAGCCAAAAGUUAAAGGAACGUACGCUACAUUUUCUUAUUUCACAGGCAGGAAGUAUAUCCUCAACCUUUCCAGCACACGUGUAAGGGCUUUUCAUGCUGCUGUUGCCUCUAGACAAAUUACACAACCAGCAGUAGUCCACCACUGGGUUUCAAGUACUCAGUAUGGUUCUUGGCAAGUUUCUCAUUGGUACCAGCGCCCACAGGCUUUGGCCCCAAAUACUCCGUGAGGUUGUUUUCUGGUUUGUUUUCCGCUUCAGAAGUAUUUUAAGAGAAGUUACUCUGUGGGAGGAGGGUGUUUGGAUGUGGAGCUGAUGUCCCCCAGAUUCUCAGGGUGUCCUUCCAUCAGUGGCUGUGGUUCAGACCCGCCAAACUUCUGUGCUUGUGCAAGGACUGAGGGCAAUUGCUCCAGGGUAGUUUCCUCAGAAAUCCUGGUAUCCCACCACAGGUCUGUGACAUUUCGUAACCAUGGCGAAGACUUACAUCAUAUGUAGCAUGCAGAAGUACCAGAUCUCAUCUUGACACAACACAAUUGUGUUGUGUCAAUUAUCUUAAUUGAGCGGUUGGGAGAGACUAAUAUAGAGUAUCCUGUUCUUUUGGAAAGACAGAAAUUUAUGCUUUUAAGUGUGAGUAAAGGAUGGGUAAUAUCUACCAUGCACAUUACAGCUUACAAGGGAAACUGUGCCACAAAGUGUCAUAUUUCAAACGUUUCCAAAAGGAUCCAAUGGAUUUGUCAGGAAAUCUCAGCAGCCAGCAUUAUAGGAAAACAUAACGAGCAAGCAGCUUUGAUACAGAACUUUUUAAAUUUUAAAUUGUCAUUAUUUUUUGAGCUCCUGUUUUAUUCAGCACUGUAAAAUUGGCUCAUUGCAACAGCAGUUUGUACUUGGGGAUGAAGAUGCAGUAUUCCUUAUUCUCUAUCAUGCUUACACAAUUAAUUAAAUAGAUUUAGACU